AUGGAUAAGAAGGCCAGCACCAGCCAUGACCCCGACAUCAGGAAGGGCCCCUGGACGAUAGAGGAGGACCUGAUCCUCAUGAACUACAUCACCAACCACGGAGAAGGCGUCUGGAACACACUGGCUCGCUCCGCAGGUUCAUCCUCCGCCUGUUCUGGAGUUUUUCUCCCCCGAGUGCCUCUUCCUCUUGUUUAUUUUUCUCCUCUUGCUUCAUGCUUCGCCGCGUGGUCCUUCUUGUUCAGGUCUGAAGAGGACGGGCAAGAGCUGCCGGCUUCGAUGGCUGAACUACCUGCGGCCGGACGUCCGGCGGGGAAACAUCACCCCUGAGGAGCAGCUUCUCAUCAUAGAGCUCCAUUCUCGGUGGGGAAACAGGUGACCUAUUCCUCCUCGACGAAUGCUACGAAGCUUCCACAUCAUAUCUAGGCCGUAUACACAUAUAUCGUCGAUGUUUCUCUCUGAAUCCCAGCAGUCAAUGAUCUCGCUUUCUCUCUCUAGAUAAUAUAUAUAUCUAUAUAUCAAUCGAUCCUCCCUUUCAAAGUUCUCCGCGUCUGGAAAUUUAGAAGAGAGAUGACACAGUGCGCGUAUGAAGCUGGUGAGGAGGUUAUUAACCCUGGGGAGACUAUUUAUCGAGGAGAGGUUACUCAAAUAAUUCGUAUAUAUCCCAUGAAAUCAUCAGCAUUUACAGCAUUCGCCAUUGACGUCAAUUGAACGCAGGUGGUCGAAGAUCGCUCGGCAGCUGCCCGGAAGAACAGAUAACGAGAUCAAGAACUACUGGCGGACGAGAAUCCAGAAGAAGAUCAAGGACGAUCACCAUUUUGACUAUCAGCAAACCGCCCCGGCGUUCGAAGGGAGCACCGGCGAUCAGGUGAUGAGCGUGGAGGACAGCGGCAUCGGCAAGAGCUCUCCCGUCUGCAACACAAUCAACAACGACCUAGGCAGCCUGCUGGUGGGUACUCCCUCCGGCGAGCCCAACGAUGGCUUCUGGACUUUGGAGGACUUCUGGUCCAUGCAGAUGUUCAGCAGCGACCCUAUUAAUUGA